AUGGGUGACGCUGGUGAAAUUCAGCUGCAAAUCGCAGGUCCCUUUCUCUCUGUUUUAUUACGAGGUAUCCGAGGCCAAGAAGCUGGUGGAGACGAUCAUGGACACAGAGCAGAGAACGGUGGUGCAUGUCGUGCAACUGAGGCGCCGCGGCCACCACUAUCGAAACGGCUGGCGUGGUGGGCGGUGGUCCUUAUCAACAUCGUGUUCAUUCUCGGCGGGCAGGGCGUGGCCACGCUCCUUGGCAGGAUUUACUACGACCAGGGUGGCAACAGCCUGUGGAUGCAGACGGUGGUGCAGUCCUGCGGCACGCCGCUCGCCAUCCCGCUGCUCCUCUACUUCCGGUUCCGGACCAGGCCGUCCUCCUCCGUGGCGGCCGCGGCUAAUCGGCCACCGCUCGUCAAGAUCGCCGCCAUCUACGCCGGCCUGGGCGUCCUCCUCGCCGGCGACAACCUGAUGUACUCGUACGGCCUCCUGUACCUGCCGAUGUCAACCUAUUCGAUCAUCUGCGCGAGCCAGGUCUCGUUCAACGCCGUCUUCGCCUACUUCCUGAACAAGGAGAAGUUCCGGGCGCUCGUCCUCAACUCCGUCGUGCUGCUCACCUUCUCGGCCGCGCUCAUCGGCGUGAACCACGGCUCGGACGAGACCGGCAGCAGCAUCCCGAAGGGGAAGUUCCCGGCGGGGUUCGCGCUGACGGUGUCGGCGUCGGCGCUGUUCUCCCUGAUCCUGUCCCUGACGCAGCUCACCUUCGAUGAGGUGCUCAAGAGCGACACGCUCCGCACCGUGCUGGAGAUGCAGUUCUGGAGCAACACCGCGGCGGCGUGCGUGUCCGUGGCCGGGCUGUUCGCCUCCGGGGAGUGGCGCACCAUCGCCGGGGAGAUGGAGGCGUACAAGAAGGGGGAGGUGGCGUACGCGAUGACGCUGGCGUGGACGGCCGUCUCGUGGCAGCUGUGCACGAUGGGCCUCAUGGGGCUGGUCGCGGCGGUGUCAUCUCUGUUCACCAACGUCAUCAGUACGGUGGGCACGCCGCUGUCUCCGGUCAUCGCCGUGAUCUUCCUCGGCGACCGGAUGGACGGGGUGAAGCUGAUGGCCAUGCUCAUAGGAGUGUGGGGGCUCCUGUCCUACGUGUAUCAGCACUACCUCGAUGACCGUGCCAAGGCUAAGAAGAUAGCCGAGAAAUCUGACGAACAACACCAAGCUGCAAAAAUCUCCGCAGAAUAG